GAGAAAGCUCUGGAAAUUCAAAAAGAAUCUUUGGAAAUCACAAGUGGUGAUGUUGCUAAUGCUAAAAAUGUCGUAAAUUCUCCUGGUGUUGAAAAUACAAAACAAGAAACCACAACUGGUGAUGAUUUUAUUGCCGAAGAUGUUGUAAUUUCUCCUGGUGUUGAAAAGACAAAACAAGAAGAGUGGAAAUACAUUGGUGAAUCAACGAAACAUGAAAAAUUGUUUUUAAAAUUGAUUGAAUAUGGACGCAAUUCCAGUGUUGAUGUUAAAUUGGUGGACAAUGUACGGGUAAUUCUCUCAGAAGAGUUUUGCAUUGGCAAAGGAAGUGGUGCAACCCGUGUUUUUCUUGGAUUGGGUAAGGAUGGUUACGGUAAAGCAGUGAAACAAAUACGUCGAGAUAGCUACAUGCAGCUUGCACAGCAAGAAAAGAAAAUUUUGAAUAAAUCCAACGCAAGAAAGUCGAAAUAUGUUGUAAAUUAUUCUUUCCUAGAGGAAGAUACUGGAACAGAAUAUGUAUAUUUGAUAUUAGACUUAUGUGAAGAAUCAUUGGACAGUUUUGUCAAGUCUUCUACUUUACAAGAUCUUCAAAAAGCUCUUCCCAAAAUUCUCAGACAAAUUUUGCAAGGAUUAGCUGAUCUUCAUAGCGGCCCAAAUCCUAUUCUUCAUCGGGACUUAAAGCCGGCCAAUGUUCUCCGAGACACACAAGACAACUUUCUUAUAGCUGACUUUGGCAUUAGUCGAAUAUUGGAAAACGAUUCUACGACACAUGAAAGCAAUCCUAACAUGGGAACUGAGUAUUGGAUUGCUCCUGAAUCAUAUUGUGAAGAUGAAGAUACAGUUAAUACGGGACGGUACAAGAAAACGUCUGAUGUAAUGAAUGCAGGAAUGCUAGCUUAUUAUAUUGCAACAAAAGGAAAACACCCGUUUGGAACUAAACGGCAUAGAUUGGACAAUAUGUUAAAUGGACUUCCUGUUGGCUUGGACGAAAUCGAGGAUGAAACAUUGAAAGACCUUCUAUCGUGGAUGUUAAACCGAGAACCCAAAGACAGACCAUCGGCUACCGUGGCGUUAACACAUCCAUUUCUUAUGUCAGAUGACGAGAAAUUUGACUUAUUAUGUAAAGUUGGAAAUCUUCAGCAGAUUAAGACAAAUGAUCCCCUGUGUAGUGUCGUUCAACAAUUGAAUAGCGAAUCCUCAGAUUGGAGAAGCGAAAUGGAUAGUGAUGUUUAUGAUUAUUUGGUGAAUAAAAGAACCUAUAACUCUUCAUGGACAGAAUGUUUAAGUCUUAUUCGAAAUAUUGACCAGCAUUGGAACGAUCGACCACGACCUCUACCACAACCAGAACCAUUUUAUAAGAUUGGCGAUUACAGGGCGUAUUUUCUUCGAACAUUUCCUAAUCUCCCUGUUCGGGUACAUACUGCUGUCAGGUCAAAUGAAGAAUUGAAGAACGAGCCAGAACUCAAGAACUUUUUUCCUUUUGAUGAAUGCAAACUACAUCAAAAAAAAUUUUAGAUACAACAGAACCUGAUGGGAGUAAAAAAGUAGCAAUUAAGAAAUCAUUGAUACUGUUGAGAUCUUAUUUUAUAGAUUUAAAGAAAAACAGUUUUCACGACGUAUUUAGAUGAUAUUUCACCCCGUUUCUGGUGAAUGUAUAGCCUGUGGUAUUCAUUUAUACAAUGUAUAUAUUUAAUUUUUACUUUAAACUGUUUUGGAAAAAGACUGAAGGUGAACAUGACAUUAAAAGUUAACUUUUAUGCUUGGCUGCACUGAAAAAUUUGCUCUACUUUCAUCCGACAUAAUAAACUCGUAUACGAUAAAUAAUUGUUUUUCUGAAAUUAUUAUAAUUACUAAAAGUCUGGCCUUGGUGUUUUGGGCUCUUGGAAAUUCCUUAUUGUAUAAAUCUGACCAUUAGAAGUUGUGCAUAAUUCCAUAAAUAGAAUCUUUAGUGUUUUACUAUCUCACAUUAAUUACGUAGCUGUCAAUAUAAAAUAAUUGAAUUAAAUAAAAUUUUCAUGAAAUUGA